AUGCUGAUCAUAUUUUGCGUGUCUCUUGUGUUCACAAUUGGGCGUUGCACAGACGGCCUGAGCUUUGUAACGAAGACUGUUGGCGUUGGACAAGAUGUGACUCUAACAUGUAGCCGUAACUCUACAGCAGGAGGAAUUUUAUUUUGGUUCAGGCUUGUUGCUGGAAACUUGCCUGAGGUUUUGGGAACAACUUACUUUUAUGGUCAUGCCACAUCUAAUGAGACUCCUCGCAUCACAGCAAAGCUAGGGCCUGGAACGUUUGUUCUGCGUAUUACCCAAACAAAGCGGAGCGACACUGCUCUUUACUACUGUGAAAAAAUAGCUGAACGACGAAAAUCAUCUUCAAAUGUUACUUUUCUUACAGUCAAAGCCAACAUCUCAGCAUUUGGUGAGAGGGUCAAUAUAGUUCUGUUUCUGAUGUGUGCUGCUCUGGUCAUCAGUUUGAUUGUCAUAGCCCUACUGAUUUAUACCAUCAAGACAAAGAAAUGUGAUUGUUUCAAUGCUGCUGCUGCCCCACAAAUAAAUGCUCCAGUAACCAGUGGUGUUCAACAAAGACAGACGACAGAAGAAGACUCAUUGGUUUAUUCUGUCCCAAACUUUACAAGAAAAAAAAAUGGCCGACGCGUAAGAGAGGGUGCAGAAGUAGUCGAGGGAGAAAGCAUCUACGCUGAUGUCAGGGUCUUGGGGUAUGAAUAA